AUGGCUAAAUCAUAUCAAUCAUCUACAUUCACUGGUGUAGAUAUGAUUCCAUUAUUCCCACAAGAAAAGAAACCCGAGAAUGCAAAAUUUCUUCAAGCAAAUGUACUUGACGGCUUACCUUUUUUAGACGAUACGUUUGAUUUCGUGUAUAUGGGUCUAUUGGUAACUGCGUUCACUGCCACCGAAUGGGGAAAGGUUAUUCCUGAAAUAGUAAGAGUAACAAAGCAAGGUGGUUGGAUAGAAUUUAUGGAAAGUGAUUUUCAAUAUCACAAUGAAGGUCCUACAACUGCACGUUUAACUGAAUCUUGUAUGUAUACCGAUACUGUUAUGAGUGCUGUUCAAAUCCCGACUCUCAUAAUCCUCGAUCUCUCAAAAGCCAUAUUCACAAUUCAUUAUCCUGAUAACUCAUCAUUCAAUUAUUAA